AUGACUUCGACGGCCUAUGCGGAUGUAGAUUACGGAUUUAUUGGUUUGGGCAACAUGGGCUUCCAUAUGGCAGCAAAUAUGCGGAAGAAGAUGGACAAGAGUGCGACACUUCAUGUUUUUGAUGUGAAUGAAGAUAUCUGCAAAAAAUUUCAGGACAAGUUCAGCAGUCGAGGUCCCAUUAGGAUUGCUACAUCCUCGAAGGAUGUAGCACAACAUUCGGUGACCUUGAUAGCAAUGGUACCGAUGGAUGAGCAUGCUCGCGCAGUCUGUUUGCACCCUGAAACGGGCGUCGUUGCUGCAGGCUUAUCGAAAGACCGGCUUAUUCUUGAUAGUAGCACUCUCAGUGUCUCUACGGCAAAAUAUGUUGGACAGCAACUGAUGGAUGCCGGUGCUGGGACUUAUAUUGAUACGCCGGUCUCUGGAGGAGUGGCUGGUGCAGAGGCAGGCACCCUGUCUUUCUUCUGCGGAUCACCGAGCAGUCCUCAAAGCGGCCUUAUAGUCAGACGCCUCAUGGUAACACUUUCUUGGAUGGGUGACUCUGAGCACAUCACUCUUUGUGGACGACUUGGAGCAGGUCUAACAACUAAGCUUGUGAACAAUUACAUUGCGUUGGGAAACCUUGCCGUGGCGGCCCAAGGCGUGGCCUUCGGCAUCCGCCAGGGACUGGACCCCAAAACUCUCUACAAGUGUGUAAAAGGUUCAACCGGUGACUCUUUGGUAUGGAACGCUAUGCAUCCAGUGCCAGGCGUCAAUCCAAAAUCUGCAUCGAGCAACUCUUUCAAAGCUGGGUUUUCGUCACGUCUAGGUCUCAAAGAUCUAAGUUUAGCGAUCAAGGCUGGGGAAGAUGCUGGCAUUGAUGUGUCCAUGGGCAGGAUCGCGUCAGAACUAUACAGACAAGCAGACCAGGAUCCACGAACAACUGUAAGUCUUCCCCCUUAG